UAGAGACCGAGUCUUGUCUCUUUUUUUUCUGCCCUUCACUUCAGAAUUUGGCGCUCCUGUGGUCGCGCUUGAAGCUCAGCUCAUCUGCGCGGAGCUGCGAGCGUCCAAGCUCCUGCUUUUUACUGGAUAAUCAAUAUUUAUUUAUUUUUUUGCUCUGCAUUCAUUUAUUUUUCUUUCGCAACCAGUUUUCAUAAUUCCCCUGUCAUGAUUCGCUUCAUUUUCUUCUUUGCUGUUGUUUGAAAGUGACUGGCUGCAGGGGGGUUUUGCGCUCCAGUUUGCGCCAGCGGGGACUGGCAAUAUGUAAUUUUGGGGAAAGACGCCGCGGUUUUUGGGAAAAGUGGAAUAUCCCCCCCCCCCGCCUUGAACAGCCGCUUCUAGUUUACUUUGUGGAGCAGAAGAGAUUCUGAUACACAGUGAUGGUCUGAGGUUAUUACAACUAACUGCAGAGCGGAUUCUAUCAUUUUGGAAACUGCUUGUGGGACUGUUAAAAAAUGAAAGCUUCCAUCCCUCUUCUGAUCCUGCUUCAUGCGCUUGUGGUCCAUUGCCUGAAAGUUGUGUCAAAGAGAGGUUCUGUGGAAGGAUGCACUGACUGGUCCGUGGACUACCAAAAGUACAAAGUCCUUGUUGGGGAGCCUGUCCGGAUCAAGUGUGCUUUAUUCUAUGGAUAUAUCCGGGCAAACUACAGCCAUGCACAGAGCACAGGACUUAGCCUCAUGUGGUACAAAAGUGCAGUGCAUGGGGAUUUUGAGGAACCCAUCAGUUUUGAUGGUGCAAGGAUGAGCAAAGAAGAGGAUUCUAUAUGGUUCCGACCAGCUGAACUGGAUGAUGUGGGGUAUUAUUCCUGUGUAUUAAGGAACUCCACAUACUGCAUGAAGGUGUCCAUGUCCCUCAUAGUGGCAGAGAAUGACACAGACCUUUGCUACAACUCCAAAAUGAGAUUCUUUGAGAAGGCAGAACUAAGCAAAUGUAAAAACAUCACCUGCCCAGACAUCGAGGACUUCAUACAGCCGGGGGUGGAACCGAAAAUAGUUUGGUACAAGGACUGCAAGCCAAAGCAGUGGAGACAAACCAUAGAGAGAAGGAGGGACACUCUGUUCAUCAAAGAAGUGAGAGAAGAUGACAUUGGGAAUUACACCUGUGAAAUACCAUUUGGGAACUUUGUUGUUCGGAGGACUACAGAGUUAUCGGUCACAGCUCCCGUGACAGACCAGGCGCCAAAAAUCCUGUUUCCCUCAGAGAGCCAAAUGAGCAUCAUAGAGAUGGCACUAGGAAGUCCUGUCAACCUCACAUGCAGCGCGUUCUUUGGCUACAACGGCGACGUCAGUCCGCUUAUCUACUGGAAGAAGGAGGAUAACUUCAUUGAAGACCUGGAUGAGGAGCGAAUUCAAGAGAGUGACAUCAAGACAAUCCGGGAGCACCUCGGAGAGCAGGAAGUUUCCAUCUCUCUGACCAUCGACUCCUUGGAGGAGAGCGACCUCGGCAACUACUCCUGCUAUGUGGAGAACAGCAACGGGCGGCGGCAAGCAAACGUCAAACUCAUCAAGAAGGCUGAGCUGAUGUACACGGUGGAGCUAGCUGGAGGUCUGGGGGCCAUCCUGCUGCUGCUGAUCUGCCUAGUGACCCUCUACAAGUGCUACAGGAUCGAGCUCAUGCUCUUCUACAGGAACCACUUUGGCAGUGAGGACAUUGAUGGAGAAAACAAAGACUAUGACGCUUACCUGUCAUACACUAAAGUGGACCCGGACCAGUGGAGCCAGGAAACCAGAGAGGAGGAGCGCUUUGCCCUGGAGAUCCUCCCUGACGUCCUGGAGAAGCAUUAUGGGUAUAAACUCUUCAUUCCAGACAGGGACUUGAUCCCCACAGGAAGUUUCACCAAUGAUCAUUUCCAGGAUGACACAAGACUACUUAGAGCCUACAUCGAGGACGUAGCGCGCUGCGUGGACCAGAGCAAGCGACUCAUCAUCGUCAUGACACCCAGCUACGUGGUGCGGAGGGGGUGGAGCAUCUUUGAACUGGAGACGCGGCUACGCAACAUGCUGGUGACCGGCGAGAUCAAAGUCAUCCUGAUCGAGUGCGCCGAGCUCCGGGGCAUCAUGAACUACCAGGAAGUGGAGGCCCUCAAACACACCAUCAAAAUGCUGACGGUCAUCAAGUGGCGCGGGCCGUCCAGCAACAAGCUCACCUCCAAGUUCUGGAAGCAGCUGCUCUACGAGAUGCCCUUCAAACGCAUGGAGCCCCUGAGCAUCUCCCACGAGCAAGUGCUGGAUGUGAGCGAGCAGGGCGCCUUCGGCGAGCUCCAGACUGUUUCGGCCAUCUCCAUGGCAGCGGCCACCUCCACCGCCAUGGCGACGGCACACCCAGAUUUGCGUUCGACCUUUCACAACUCGUGCCACACCCAGAUGAGGCAGAAACACUAUUACCGUAGCUACGACUACGACCUGCCACCAAGCGGCACGCUCCCGCCACUGUCCUCGCUAGGCAACCAGCACACCUACUGCAACAUCCCCAUGACCCUCAUCAACGGACAGCGGCCGCAGUCCAAGUCGCCGCGCCAGCAGAGCGUGGAGGAGGGCCACGGCAACAACGCCAUGCUGCCGCUGCUUCCCAGAGAGACCAGUAUAUCCAGCGUAAUCUGGUGACAGAGCCGGUGCCGGGCGGGUCCGGAUCCGGACAACAUCCGUCACAGGGGGGACUAGCCGCCGGCAGUCGGACCCCGAAUCCACCAGAGCCGAACGGAGCUGAAUGGCACUAAGAUACUUGCUGCUGUUACGUUUGCACCAGGAGAUGACAUGUGGGAAAGGGGCGGGAGGGAUGAAACAUCAGACACAACGGGAGCUGAAAAAUUCUUGUUUUGUUUUAGUCUAAUAAGAGCUUUUAUUAAAGUUGAACCACAAAAGAGACAAAAAAAAGAAGCAAGGAGAACUUUUUUUGUAUGCCUGUAAAAACACUCAAGUAACACAAGCCAACACCUGUCCUAAUUUACCGCGAGAGUCGAGGAAAACAGGGUCCUGUACAUACGUUUUUCUAAUUCUUUGUAGCAACAGUGUUUGGGACUUGUUUCUUUAUGUUUCCUUAUCAGGUGGGAAUCUUUAUUUUCCUUGUUUGUUUUCAGUUUGUACUAAAGUGAAGCAAUGGCCUGUAAGAUGUGUUGGUAGAACUGUUGUUACCUUUAUCCUAAUUUGUUGGCUGGUGUAGUUUCUAAUGCUUUUGAUGGAUUUUUUUUAUUUCUUGGGAGGGAGCCCUCAGGAGAAGGCUGAGAUAUUAUAGGUUUGGGCUUAACCAGAAUAUGCAAAAUUUGGACAGCACUGGGUUUUCAACUCUGAUAAUGAAUGCUUGUGGAAAAAGAAGACUAUGGUGCUAGGCUUCACAUCUCUAUCUCUUCACAUCAACAUUUCCUUUUAAAGAGCAACCUUGCUAUUUACCUUAACAGAAGAUUAUAUCACUGAAAAGUAAUUAUGUGUAUUAUUUUAUGAAAAAAAGAAAAGUAUAUUUUUGUAACUGAGGGAUAUUUGCUUAGAGAAGUUCUAUGUAUGACGUUUCUGAUAGAAGCGACGGGGAAAACGGAUUAAAAGAAACCUGUUUUGUUAUGUGGAACUGCUUAGCUCACAAAAAUCACCCAUUAACGUCUUAUAUUGUAAGAUGAUACGAACAUGUGAAGUUGGGAGUUUUGACAUUUUGAAUCCAAUCACAGCUCAGCAGACUUUUUCUAUCACAUUUGUUGGUUUCAUUGUCAUUGCAGCAGCUCACCGCCAGUAUAGUAGGGAUGAAGCUAUCGACGAUGUCAGCGCGGAUGAAGGAGAAAGCCAUCAUCACUCAACCCAGUUUCCACAACAGGACCAAACAAGGCUGUCCAGGGCUAAAAUCAUUGUCUCAGAUAUCCAUUUCCUGCUAAAUGAAAGCCCUGUUUGUUUCCCAUCCCCUCCCCAGGAGAGAUGUCCUCCCAGGGCUCUCAUGUCUCCCUCCAGAAGGCGCCACUCAGUGUUUCCUAAUGUACAAAACAAAGAUUUCUUUCCGUAACAUCUACAGUGCCUUGAAAACAGUUCACACCCAUUGAAACGUCACAUUUUGGCAACCACAAAUAAUUAUUUUUUAUGCAAUUUUAUGUGAAAGAGCAACACAAAGUAGUGCAAAAUUGUGAAGUGGAAGGAAAAAGAAAUCUGGAUUCAGUCCCCACAGCAUGAUUCUGCCACCACCAUGUCUCCCAAUGGAGGAGAUAUGGUCAGGGUUUGCUGCCAUGUAAUAUUUUGUAUGUUGGCCAGAAAGAGAGUCUUCUUGUACAAGUUUGUUGUCCCUUUUUACAUGUCUGGUGGCAAACUUUAAAUAGGACAUCUCAUGGCCUCUUUCCAACUCAGUGCACAACUAAUAUUGUUACAGGUAAAAGACUGUACAGCCUGAGGUGCUGAACUCAAAAUACAAAUGGGAAAGGAAUGCAAAUGCAUGCCACACUUUAAAAAUUUUAUUUGAAAAUAGAAAAUGUUAAAAAAAAAACAUCCACACCCACUUCACAAUUAUGCAACACUAUGAGUCUCAAGUUACAUGAAAAGGAAUUUGUGGUUGUGACAUGAUAACAUGUGGAAAAGACUCUUUUGCAAGGCACUGUAAAACAACUUUCAACACCGACCUCAUGAAAAGUGUAAAUGGCUAAAUAUUUACGAAUUAACUUGAGACAUAGUUUAAUUUAAUAAACAUUUAAUAUAAGCUAAAUUAUAUUUAAAACUAGUAGCAUUUUAGAAUGAAAUCCUUCAAAAUGAAAUAUAAUGAAUAACACUAAUGAAAUCUUGGUUUAUAGCUAAUAGUAAAACAACUUUAGACCAAAGCAAAGGUAAACGGAACAGACCUCAUCCACAAAAAACUAUUUACUUCCCAUCCUGAUCGGUACCGCUCCAUCCAGUGAAGAGCCGCUCUCACGUCGCCCGUGACAACGACCCCAUUUCCUGAAUCCGCCUGUGCCACGUACCAUUUCAGUUCUCAUAGGAACCAACUUCGGCGUCUCAGACGAUUCAUUUUGUGCCAUGAAAUAUGCAAAGUGAUGAAUUUGUAAGAACAUAAAUGAAAAACUGUCCUUUCCCCUCUUCUAAUGUUUUGCUUUCUAAUCUUUCUGUUGUGUAAAAUGUGAGAAAAGGCCUGUUUUUUUUGUUGUUUUUUUUUGUUUUUUUUAUAAUUUAUUGAGGUGUAAGCCAGCAUAUUUACUUUUUUUUUGUUGUUUUGGUUUUUUUUUAAAUCAAAGCCUUUAUUUCACGCAGUUCCCUCCACGGAAAAGCGAAAUACCGACGUGUUCAGGAGCAUCCACUCCGAACAGAGACCUCAGAUAUGGCAAAUGUGUAAAUAAAACCUUUACAAUAUUAAAAUGAAGACAAUCGAGCCAUACUCAUGGAACCUGCUGGUCAUUAUUCACAAGGUUUCUCAGAGUGUAACCACUAAUCCUCACUGGAGUCCAACUCCAACGUCUUCUUUGCUUUGAGAGGCUCUGUGAAUAUGACGACAAUAACACUUUGGUUCAUGAUUAAUAGAACAUUUGUAGUGAUGAGGCUUUGAUUGGAAAGGUCAUGACGUUGAUUGAUAUUAAUGAGAAUAUAUAGCACAGUUAUUCCAGGCACUUUCAUGACUUGAGACGACGUCUCUGUUUUCUGAUUUAUUUUCUAUUAUGUAUCUGCAAUGUUCAUUAAAAGAGAUACUGUUAUUAAUAAUAAAACCACAUUUAUGGUGAUGGCA